GCACAAACUUGACACUCGCGCACACGCACAGCACACACUCGAUCAGCCGCACGAACGAGAGAGUAAGUAGAGAGAAAAGGAGAAAGAGAGCGAGAGACACGCGCGCGCGGCCCGAUGAUCCCGCCUCAGCCGUUGCCCAGAAGUCUCAUCCUCGUCGGCUUAGAUUAGAUGCUCUGCUCUGCUUUCCUCGCACUUACAUAUACACCUGCGCGCACACACACACACACACUAUACCUAUAUAUACUAAGUAAGAAGGCCCCAGGACGGGUAUACCCGGCGCACUCGAGUCCACGGGUGACUUAUACCUAUUGCUCCUCUCGCGCACGACUGGCGAGAGACGUCGUCGUCGUCGCGGACAACUCGCCUUGCACAGCGUUUAUUCGUUGUUCACUCCAGAAGCCCUUUUGUUCCACUCUCAGCGCUUCACCGCGAGUUCGCGCGCAAGGAGUACAACCAACUACUUAGUUUAGUCUCUCCUCCUUUUUUCACGACUCGUCCUCUCCUCGUCGUCGUCGUCGUCGCUCGACCGUUCAAACGCGGUGCUGCUACUGUUGCUGGACACACCGUACACGCGUCGCCAUUUUGGCUUUCGCUCUCUCUCUCUCUCUCUCUCUCUCGCUCGCGCCCUGCUUCCGAAGUCCUAACUAAGCGAGGUUAUGGGCGACUCGCGAUUGGUCGCCGCGGAGUUAUGCCUGCCAAUGGCGAGCUUGACUUUCCGUCGUGAUUUUCGGCUGCUGCUAUAUACUUAGGUGUUGUACACACUUUCGCGAACGUUUUGUAUUGUUGACGCAACGGCGAUCUUUACGUGGGCCUUUUCUCGAGGCUCUUUUCAACUACUAAGUAUAACUGGGCUCUCUCGCGGCUAUAUGUGUAGGUACGUUUUUUUGUGUGACGGUGAGCGUUGUGACUUGAUUAUACUGGAAACGGAGUCGAGGUUUCAUUUGCUCCGGAUGACGAAACCUAAUGAAAUUCGAAUUGUAUUAUACGAGGAUGCAAAUGUACUUAUAUGUCUAUAGCGAGGAUGCCCGAGUGAUAGGAUUUACUCGGCUUUCUAUCAUGAGUACUUUACUGGCUAUUUAUUUGUGUAUUUUGCAUACGUAUUUAUUUAUUUAUUUCAUAAUUAAACGGGCUAUAAGCCCUUUACAGUAUUGCGUAGACGCAAGAAAAUUUGACAUAUCCACAAGAAAUAACGCAUAACGUGUUUGCCUUAUUUUGAAGUAAUAAAAUAUCAUGAAUUUUCAUCUCAAUUAAUUAACGGUUGCGUUGGAUAAAUUCGAUCAGUAUCGAAUUCGAAGUCAAUGCCGACUCCAAAGUGCAACACUGACAAUGAUGAUAACAAUAAAAUAAAAGAGUUGAAAACCCAAACAACUGAAACUUUGAAAAGUCCAAUUAAAUACACAUGGCCAUUAGACUGAAGAAUAACAAUAAGCGACGAGCGCAUCCACUUAAAACCCCAUUAAGACCGCAGCUUAAAAGGGCAAUCGGCUUUUAUUGCCCAGGAAAAUUGUAAUUUAUAUUUAUACGUUUACGCUUUAUAUAUAUAUGGGCGCCGUUGUCGCAGCGAGCCGUGCGUAUGUAAAAUUAUUAUAUGGCAGCGAGCGUUUAACGUCGUAAAAUUGGCAACAGCGCUAGUCAGCUGCGGCGGCGUCCAGAAAUAAAAACGCCGGCAGUCUUGAAUGAAAAAAAAAAUUAAAUUAUUGCCGAGUUCGCUCGCACUGACGAUAUCUCUCUGCUCUUCUCCGUCGGUAUUAUGCAAAGUUCUUCGCGUACUUUAGCAUACAAGUUGUUUUUUAUUCACAAAAAAUCGAGUCACCAGCAGAGCUUGACAUAACCUGAAACGGCCAAAAUACUCUACCUCCAUCUCACUCCCACACACACACACACACAGAGCUGAGUGUCGAGUUCUGCGUUAUCAGUGACUGAGCGAUAAAGGCGCCGAUAAAAAUAGAGAGCCAAGUUAUAACGUGAGCGGCGAGCGCGUGCACGCACGGUUCAGUCUUGACCACGAUGUCAGGCCGCGGUUUCCUGAAGAGUUUACGAGGCUUCGGACGAAGGAGCUCGAGCUCGUCGAGCAGCGAUGGUACUGGCUCGAGGGCCUCCAGGAGGCGAGUCGUCGUCACGGGCAUCGGGAUCGUGUCGCCGCUGGGAGUCGGUACCAGGCAUUCCUGGAAGGAACUGCUCAAAUGCAAGUGCGGAGUCGUGAAGCUCGACGGGCCGGAUUACGAGAAGCUUCCUUGCAGAGUUGCUGCUGUGGUACCAAAAGGAGAUGGCCCAAAUGAAUUGGACUUGAAGACAAGAUUCACAACAAGUGAAUUGCGAACAAUGUGUCCAGCUACUGCCUACGCGUUAAUUGCUGCUGAAGAAGCUCUUACAGAUGCUAAUUGGAAGCCGGAAGAUGAGGAUGACAAAAGAAACACUGGAGUUGCUGUGGGAAUAGGAAUGAUUGACUUGGUGGAUGUAUGCACGACUUAUGAGCAGUUAAAAAAAGGAUACUCUAAAGUCAGUCCAUACUUUGUCCCAAGAAUACUCCCCAAUAUGGCUGCUGGACAAAUAAGUAUUAAAUAUGGAUUCAGAGGUCCUAAUCAUUCGGUAUCAACUGCAUGUGCUACAGGAGCUCAUGCCAUUGGUGAUGCUUUUCGAUUCGUUCGAGGUGGAGAAACGAGCGUCAUGUUAUGCGGUGGAGCUGAAGCAUGCAUCAGUCCACUGGCUAUCGCCGCGUUUUGUCGAUUGCGUGCUUUGAGCACAGCCAAAAACGAUUUUCCGCAAGAAUCCUCCAGACCAUUCGACAAAGAAAGAGAUGGUUUUGUUAUGGGCGAGGGAUCUGCUAUUUUAGUAUUAGAGGAGCUCAACCAUGCACUGGAAAGAAACGCAAAAAUAUACGCAGAAGUUUUGGGUUACGGAUUAUCUGGUGACGCAGUUCAUUUAACAGCUCCGAGCGAAGACGGAACUGGCGCGCUUCUCGCUAUGGAUCGAGCCCUAAAAGAUGCUGGCACUGACACUAGCGAAAUAACUUAUGUUAAUGCACAUGCGACGUCAACACCUCUCGGUGAUGCCAUAGAAUUACGCGCUAUAGAGUCACUAUUUGGUGAGCACAGCAAAAAUGUAACCGUCUCGAGUACUAAAGGAGCUCACGGGCAUUUGCUUGGAGCAGCUGGUAAUCUUGAAGCUGCUUUUACGAUUCUUGCAUUGCAAGAAAAAGUAAUCCCUCCGACGAUAAAUUUACACAACAUUGAUGGCGAGACAAAUUUAAAAUUCGCACCUAAUAGUAAACAAAGAUGGUCUGUCGAUACGAGACGUGUUGCGUUGAAAAAUGCAUUUGGAUUUGGCGGAACUAACGCAUCUCUAUGCCUGGCAGAGUAUACUGACUAAAGAAAAUCUAUAAAAGUCUUUUAAACAGAACGUUGGCUGAUAGAGAGCACUUUAUAAAAAGUUUAUUAAACUUCUUGUUAUUGUAAAUAUAAAUAUUGUAUUUUCAGAAAAUUUUUGUACAUAAAAAUGUAGAUAUAUUUCUAUAUUCUAGAUACCAUUACAUUUUUUUUAAAUAAAAAAUGUAUAUAAUUGUUGAAAUGCAGGAAAUGUAAAAAGUUAAAUUUAUAUUGGAAUGCAACGUUUAUUUUAUAUUAAAUCUUUGAUAAAGAUAAAUUGUAUUAUUCAUUACAAUCACAACGUAUCUUUAUAUGUGCUUCAUUACAUCAUGGACAGUAAAGUGUCCGACAAAGCGCCAAUGAUUCAUUAGAAAUAUAAAUCUUUAUUCUUUAACGGGUCGUCCCCACAGUCCACAUAUUUUAUACAAUAGGUACACGCUUUUAACAAUAGAUAUAAACUUAUUUUUCAAUCAAUGAAUAUUGUAUCAAAUUAACAUUAGCAAUGAUCUCAAGAGAGUUUACAAAAGUAAAUCGUAUAAAAUUAGUCUCUUGAAAUCAAGCUAAAGCAAUAAUUUACAUGUAGUUGAAUCUUCAUCUGUCAUAUGGAAUUAGUAAACCAUUUUGAUAUAAAAAAAUGUAUCUAUAAAAUGUACUGUAUAUGUUUAAUAGUUCAGUUGUAAAUGUUAUUUCUCAAAGUUAUAAUUCAAUUUACGAACUUUAAUACUGGAAGACAUGCAUUUACUAUUUAAUUAUUAAAUCAUUUUCGUCGUGAUACAAAUAUGUAGAUUUUAUGUCUACAUUCAUAUUAAUGGUAUUAAUCUUCAAUGCAUAUAAAUAUGUUUAUCAAAUGAACUGACAGUACUAUACAUGAAUUAUUACAAAAUAUCAGUAAGCUUUUGUACAAUCCAUUAGUUUUGUGGACUGUGAGAAUUAACAAUUUUAUCCAAAAAAAAUUAUUGUACAUGAUUAUCAGUUUUUUGUUCGUAUUAAAAUC